AUGGUGCAUGAGCGACCAUUUAGCAUCGUAGAGGAUGACAUGUUCAUGUGGGCUUUUGAAUAUGCAAAUCCAAAUUUUAGAAGAGUCAGUCGUAAAACAGCAAGAAGUGAUUGUUUGCAAUUGUAUGAAGUUGAAAAGAAUACUUUGAAAAAUAUUUUGAAUAAUGUGAGUAAGGUUAGCAUUACAACAGAUAUGUGGAAGUCAAGUCACAAAGUAGUUGAGUACAUGGUUGUGACAGGUCAUUCUGUUGAUGCAAGUUGGAACCUUCAAAAGAGAGUUUUAAAUUUUAUCAAAGUGCCUCCUCCUCGACGGGGAACAAGUAUAGCAAAUGCUAUUUUCAAGUGUUUGAGAGGAUGGGGCAUUGAGAAUAAAAUAUUCUCAGUAACUAUUGACAAUGCAUCUUACAAUGGCUCUUGUGUUAGAAGUUUGAAAGAAAACAUGUCAUUGAGCAGUAAGUUAGUACUUGGUGGGCAACUUUUUCAUGUUAGAUGUUGUGCUCACAUUCUAAAUUUGUUGGUGCAAGAUGGCCUUAACACUAUUAAAGAUGUCAUUCACAAUGUUCGUGAAAGUGUGAAAUUUAUAAAUUCUUCAGAUGCAAGGCUAAAGUCAUUCCAUGAAGUUGUUGAAUUAAAAGGAUUGAAAGAAAUGAAACUUAUUCUUGAUUGUCCAAUAAGAUGGAACUCCACAUUCUUGAUGUUGUGUACUGCAAGUAAAUUUAAGCAUGCAUUUUCAUAUUACAAUGAAAAAGAGCCACAUUAUAAGUAUGCACCAUCAUUUGAGGAUUGGGACAAGAUUGAGAAGGUUUGUAAACUUUUGGAGGUUUUUAAUGAUGCCACUCAUGUCAUCUCAGGUAGUGAUUACCCUACAUCUAACUUGUAUCUAGUUGAAAUUCAAAGGGUGAAAAAGGUUAUUGAUAAUGCAGCUGAGUGUUUUGACAUGUUCAUGAGUGAUAUGAAUGUGGAGAAUGUGAAAAAGGCAUUAGAAGAUUUAUAUCUUGAUUAUGUGAACUUGUAUAGUCAAGAUGCUUCUUCUACUAGUGGGCAUAGUGAAGUCAAUGUUGAAAGCAACACUCUGGUUGAUGGUGGACAACAAAUGGAUAAAAGGAUGCAAGAAAUAUUGAGUAUGGUUUACCAAAGUCAAUCAAUUCCUCUUACGAAAUCAGAGUUAGAGACUUAUCUUGAGGAAAAUCUUUUUAUUCCUUCUUCUACUUCAUCCUUUUGUGCCUUGGUGUGGUGGAAAAAUAAUAGUCCAAAGUUUAAAGUUUUGUCAAAGAUGGCUUCUGAUAUACUAGUUAUUCAUGUUUCAAGUGUGGCAUCUGAAUCCACAUUUAGUGCUGGGGGAAGAGUCAUUGAUGAAUAUCGUGCUAGCUUAAAUGAGGAAUCUAUUGAAGCUCUUAUUUGUGGUAUGGAUUGGCUUCAUAACAAGUAUGGGCUGAAGAAAAAACAAAAGGAGAAUUCUGGACAAGAGGAGAUUAUGUUGAAGCCAUGUUCUUGCAUUCUUCGGACUUGA